UCCCAGUCAGAAAACACUCUCUCUCAACUCUAUUGAAAAACACUUUCUCUCUCGCCCCCUUUCUCAGCAUCUCUGUGGGACCCAUCUGAAGAUUAGGAUGAUAAGCUAUAGAGUCUGUGUCCUGGCUGCUCUGUUCUCUCUCCUCAUCAUCACCCUCAUUCCCACCACACAAUCAGCAGACUGCUGUCUGAAGUUCACUCAGCGUCCGGUGCACUGCCGAUGGCUGAAAGGCUACACCUUCCAAGACAUUACUUCCUCAUGUGACCUCAACGCUGUCAUCUUCCAGAAUCGAAGGAACAAGUUUGUGUGUGCCGACCCCUCUCAAGACUGGACCAAGAGGGUACAACGCUGUCUGCGCAAGCGUCAGGAGAAGAAAUCCCAACUGAAGAAAAGGGUCUGAACUCAUGUUGCCAUGGAGAGGGCUUUCAUUACAGAACACCAUGUAAUACAUUAUUGAUAUUAUGUUAUAUUUUACUGAGACAAACAGCAAUAUAUUUCAAUAUACAGAGAGAUUCAUGAAGGUUAAGAUGUUUAAAUAAUUGAAUAUAAGUGAAUAUUUUGCAUCAUCUCAGUUUGUGUAUAAUAACUGUAUUUAUCAUCAUUGUUGUUCUGUUUUAUAAACAGCAGGUGUAGUAUUUCUGAUACGCAUGUAGAAACAUUAAAACAUAGUUUUCACACAGAGUACCACAAAAUAUUUUUGUGUUGAUGUUUCAUAUCCUCUCUCCAAUUGAAGCCAGAGAAAACCUUUUUAACUUUGUAUUUCCAAAGUGUCCAAAUCUCUAUAUGAGUUUUACUGAAGUGUACAUACUUUAAGCUCAAAGCUAUGAAAUAGAUAAUAAAAUGGGUAUUUGAAA